GUGUGGUCCAGUCAGCGUGGGGCGAGGCGAGAGCCAGGCCCAGCCGUGGUCCGACCCGAGUCCAGGGCGGCUCGCGGGCGCCAGGGGUUCGAGUCACCUCCACCGCGGGAGGGAGUUAGGCAGGGGUCAGGCCGGUGUGCUCGCUCAAUGGGCGGAGCUCGGACGGCGCCCAGCGGCCGCGGGCGGGAUCGCAGGGCGGAGCCGGGCCGGGCAGGCAAGGGACGGGCCCUCCAAGGGCUGCGAUCCGGCUGGGCUGCAGGUCCGCGCCCUCCAGUCCCCCAGGGCCGCCCCCCAGACACCCCCAGCUGGCGCGCCCAGUCGCGCCGCGGUCCUCCCAGCCCGCAGAGGGCGCUGUCGUCCCCCGCUCGCUUUCCCGGGCCGGAGCGGGCCGGAAGUGCCAGAGCUACUUCCGGCGCGGAGCAGCUGGUUGGGCGGUGCAGCGGGCCGGCGAGGGGACUGGACCAGCAGUGGCCAAGCCUGGCUGAGACCGCGGCCCCCGGAACGUGCCCAGUCGGCGUCUCGGCCUCGGCGGAAGGUGCGGCCGCCGCAAUGCCGUUCCUGCACGGCUUCCGGAGGAUUAUCUUCGAGUACCAGCCGCUGGUGGAUGCGAUUCUGGGCUCCUUGGGGAUCCAGGACCCCGAGCGGCAGGAGCCCCUGGACGGGCCCAGUUAUGUCGCCAGCGAGGAGAGCCGGAUCCUUGUUCUCACUGAGCUGCUGGAGAGAAAAGCCCACUCUCCAUUUUACCAGGAAGGCGUGAGCAACGCCCUGCUGAAGAUGGCCGAGCUGGGGCUGACGCGUGCAGCUGACGUUCUCCUGCGGAAUGGGGCCAACCUCAACUUCGAAGACCCGGUCACCUACUACACGGCGCUGCACAUCGCCGUCCUGCGAAACCAGCCUGACAUGGUGGAGCUGCUGGUGCGCCACGGGGCCGACAUUAACCGCAGGGACCGGAUCCACGAGAGCAGCCCCUUGGACCUGGCCAGCGAGGAGCCGGAGCGCCUGCCCUGCCUGCAGCGCCUCCUGGACCUUGGAGCAGAUGUCAACGCGGCCGACAAGCAUGGAAAGACGGCUCUGCUCCAUGCUUUGGCCAGCAGUGACGGGGUGCAGAUCCACAACACUGAGAACAUCCGGCUCUUGCUGGAAGGAGGGGCGGAUGUCAAGGCUACCACCAAAGACGGGGACACCGUGUUCACCUGCAUCAUCUUUCUGCUGGGCGAGACGGUGGGAGGUGACAAAGAGGAGGCCCAGUUGAUCAACCGCUUCUGUUUCCAAGUAACGCAGCUGCUGCUGGCUCACGGCGCCGACCCCAGCGAGUGCCCGGCCCACGAGUCCCUCACGCACAUCUGCCUCAAGAGCUUUAAGCUGCACUUCCCUCUCCUGCGCUUCCUGCUGGAGUCCGGGGCCGCCUAUAACUGUUCCCUCCACGGCGCGUCCUGCUGGUCCGGCUUUCACAUCAUCUUCGAGAGGCUCUGCUCCCACCCAGGCUGCGCGGAGGACGAGAGUCACGUGGACCUGCUGCGCAAAGCUGAGACCGUCCUGGAUCUCAUGGUGACUAAUUCCCACAAACUCCAGCUGCCUGAAAACUUCGAUAUCCAUCCCGUGGGCAGCCUGGCAGACAAGAUCCAGGCCCUUCACUUCUCUUUGAGGCAGCUGGAGAGCUACCCCCCACCCCUCAAGCACCUGUGUCGCGUUUACAUCCGGCUCUACCUUCAGCCGUGGCCUGUGGACGCGAAGGUCAAGGCCCUACCUCUGCCCGACAGGCUCAAGUGGUACCUUCUCAGUGAGCACAGUGGCACCGUCGAAGACGACAUCUGACAGCUCCGACUGCAGGGAACAGGGUCUGGGCAGCUCAACCUGUUGGUGGAUUUAAGUACCUGUGGCGGCCUUAGGGGAGAACCUUCAGUCCCGCCUGUCAGAGGGUGCAUGUUGGAGGCGAGACUGGAUCCUUGCUGAGGACAAAGCCAGGUGGAAGGUGGCAGCUGCAAGCACUCCAGCGGGGAAAGGCUUCUGUCUUCCAGGGGGACUCCCCGCUUCCCUCUGGCGGCACCCCCAAGCCUCACCCCCCAGUGGAACAAGGGACAGGGUUUAGAUUGGGGACACGUUUGUACCCUCUUAAUCUGAGGGAAGCGCCGGGCAUUUAGGGAAGCAGGGUAGCUCCGAGACCGGGCCCUCCUGCGGGCUGCAGGAAGCCGGCCUGUCCUGCGUGGCGAUGCGGCUGAGGCCGGAGCAGGCGGGAGGGGCCCGUGGGGUGCAGUCCAGCCGAGACCCUUUACACGCGCCUCUUCACUCCAGCCUGUCAGAAAGUAAGUGCUUUUGGGCAGGCAGGGAGAAAGCUGCGCUGAUGCCUGCGGCUUCCGCAGCUCUGGGCCCAGGUCGCCCACCAAGGUGCAGGGCUCUGCUCCGGUGGCAGCUCUGUUUGUGCCAAACCUGGGCUUUUGGGGACCAUGCCUUCUAAAAAGCAGUCAUGCAUGACCAGGGGCUGUCUUUCCAAAAUGUCUCGCUCUGUGAGGGUUCAUGUGAUGGGGAAAGCCGCCGCGACUGAAAGCCAACCUCCGCCCUGUGCCGAGCCCUCCCCAGGCUGCCUGCGAGCCACAAGACGGUCACUGUGAGCUGUGUAAUGCCUGGGAGACGAGCUGAGACAACCAAAUGAUACAUUAUGAAAUUAAACUGAUUUCC